AUGCACUUGCGUACGAUGAGGAGGAGCCACGUGCAUGUUUGCAGUACCUGCGUUCUCGUCCUUGCGGAUACGCGGUCAACGGAGGGCUACGGCAGCUGGUGCCUGAUGCGCAUGGCUUUUCUGAAUGUGAAACAAGUGCCUCUCUGCGCCGAACAAAUCGUGGAUGAGCAGAUGUUGAGGGGGUGGACUAUCCUGACCGACGUGGCGACGGCUGCGCAUUGGCAGGAGAGGAGGGGCAGUUUGACAGGGGUGGACUAUCCUGACCGACGUGGCGACGGCUGCGCAUUGGCAGGACAGGAGGGGCAGUUUGACAGGUGGGUGGACUAUCCUGACCGACGUGGCGACGGCUGCGCAUUGGCAGGAGAGGAGGGGCAGUUUGACAGCACGUCUCGCCAUAAAAGGAAGGCAUACGCUGUGCACUUUGCAGUAGAGCGGGUGACCACGUCUCGCCACAAAAGGAAGGCAUACGCUGUGCACUUUGCAGUAGAGCGGGACGUAAGCACGUUUGCUUGUCUCACUGCGACUGCCUUGGUCAGCAGUCGUUCGGAAUGGAGCAGUGGUGACACUCAGGCACUGGGGUUGGUGGUGAGUGGAUGA